AUGACUCCGAAUAGGUCAAACAGAGACACACUUCGCUCGACCCUGAGAAAUCCUUUUAGCCGCCGUUCAAGUCGUGCUAGCAGUGUGGCAUCAAGCACUGGCACGGAUGACGGGCUUCCGGCGAAUACUGUGGCGCGAGAAGGGCAACAACGACCACAAACUCGCUCACAAAGUCGAGCUUUAUCCACUCAACCUGUAACCGCCGGAAUGAGAGCGAUCUCCGUUUCCAAUACCCGUGUAGCUUCCCCUCAUCCUGGGGGUGGAGGAUCGGGCUCCACAUCUGCUCCCAUCAUUCCUGCCAUUUUCGUUCAGGCAGCGGGAGGCAUGAGCCUGGGAUCUUCAUCCAAUAUUCCCGCUCAAAAUCCGGUGGGAUUGGCGCUUCCCACCGGCAGUUAUAGUCGAUCUUUAUGGGAGGAAGCGUUCGCAACACUAUCGGCAGAUGAUCAGAGCCUCCUAAGCUCUCAUCAAGACGACUUCAACACUGUUUUACAGCUGGUACUGAGAGAUACAAGAGCGCAGAAGAUUAUAUACGAGCGUAAUCAUUGGUCACUGACUUGGAGAGGGAAACAAUUUCGUAUGGGUGAUAUAACGGACAGAAUUAUCUCCUGGAUUGAGAGAUUUGUCAAAGUUGGGGAUACCAUAGUUCAGCAUGAUCCAGAUCACGCUGGGCUCCCCUGGGCUGCUGUUCACUUCAUUCUACAGUCCUUAUGCUACACUAAAUUACCGGCAACCGGUGGUGCCGCUCUGAUUGGGGUGGAACGAGCUACAAAUCUGAUUCUCAAAGGCCGUAUCUUGGAGGAAUUCUAUAUCAAUAAGAGUGUCAUGACUGAUAUUAAACAAACCCUAGGAAUGGAGUUAGUCGAGACUUACGCCAACAUUCUCAAGUUCCUUGCGAAGGCGAAGAAGCAUCUGCAGCAGGGCAGUGCCGGUAGUGUCCGAAUACCCCUUUUGAAAAACGUACCGACUACAGCUUUAGGGAAGUUUUUAUCAGCAGUUUUCAAUACUGGGGAGUUAGCUGGAUUACUUACUUCGAUCGAUAAUGUCGGAUCAAGAUUGUCACAAAUAGCCGCGUUGGUUGAAAGUUCCCUAUCGGCAGAGGACCGAGGACGAUGGGAAGGAGUAUCACAGGCUGGGCAGAACAACAUGGAGAUCCUUCGAAAUCUCCUGCUUGGACUAGGCGAUUCAACUGACCGUAUUGGCUCAAAGAUAGAUGCAAUGUACACACGGAUAGAAGGGGAAGAAGGGAAUAAGAUUUUGAGGUGGCUUUCGACCGUUGAAUAUCAUUCCCACUAUAUUGAUAUUCAGUAUCGAAUCCUAGAGAACUCUGGAGAAUGGUUAUUUAAUCGCUCUGAGUUCCAGGAGUGGCACAUCUCUCAUAGAUCUAGCAUUCUCUGGUUACAUGGAAUACUCAUGAGGGCUAAAACAGCCACAGAUCCACUCCUUGAUUGCCACAAGGCAUCGCCGGAUGUUACAGGUCUAAUAGCCUUUUUCUACUGUAAUCGGAGCGAGGAAAGCCGCCGCAGUCCACUGGUAGUAUUGGCCUCACUCUUAAAGCAACUCGUAGCAUAUCGUGAUGAGGUCCCAAACUGCGUUCUCUCAAUUUACAACGAGAGGCGAAAGCAAGGAUCGGAACGGCCUGUCGAUGUCAUAGAGUGUCAGAGGCUUAUCGCCGACCUUACAAGUCUUGUACCUCAGAUAACUUUGAUAGUUGACGCUUUAGACGAGACUGCAACCGCUAUGCGCGAGGAACUUCUAGAAUCUUUCAAGGCGAUUGCUACUAAUUCUCAGAAUCCUGCAAAGAUAUUUAUAUCUAGCAGAGAGGAUAGAGAUAUUAUAGAAGGGAUGCAUGAUGUUCCGCAUGUAUCCUUAAGCGCGAGAGACAAUACUACGGAUAUCAGAAGGUUCAUUGAGCGGGAAUUAGAACACAAUAUCAACAAGAAUCUGCUACUCGGCGGGAGAGUGUCCGCCGAGCUACGGCAACAGAUAGGGGAGACACUAGCAAUCAAAGCAGACGGGAUGUUUCAGUGGGUCAAUCUUCAAAUACAAUAUCUUUGCGAGUUUAAGAUUCGUCAAGAUCUGAUCAAGAGCCUGGGCGCUUUGCCAGAAACGUUGCAUGAGACAUAUGAAAACCUGUACAACACAAUCCAGCAGCUCAAAGGCUCCACACCAGCGCUCAUAGAAAAGGCCCUAAUGUGGCUUCUGUGUUCUCAAAACCCUCUGAAACCUCAGGACUGGGAAAUUGCUGUUCAGUGGACGGCUGAAAUGGAUUCCUUGGAUGGCCUAUCUAUUGGCGACCUGCUGCAUAUCUGUCGAUACCUGGUACAGGUGGAUACAGAUUCCAGUUACGUGCGAUUUACCCACUUAUCCGUGAGAGAGUUUCUUGAGACAAGGUUCUCGGAAGGGGACGCCCACUAUACUGUGGCAGAGGUUUGCACAGCACGCUUUCUACGGGAGCCCGAUCUUGCUACAGCGUGCAUAUUAUCUGGACCUUACCAGACGGAAUCGCGGGACAGCUUAAUGUCAUCCCAUCGCUCUAACGCCUCACUCUCUUCCCCCACACAUCAUCAUGGACAGUAUAACUCUGGGGUAUACAAGUACACUCUUGAAAAUUGGAUACUACAUAUCGCGCUGGCAGUCUACGUGCAUGGUGUUACAAAAAGCUUUGUUCAUGUAUCUGCAUUUCUGAGGCACAUGUCUAAGCCUGAGUCUUAG